ACGAGGCGUCGUGUGUACGAAGUGACCUGCGGCUAUCAACACGGCCGGGCUCAGUAUUAUAACACUAAUGAACAAGCUGUUGGGUCUUGAUUGUUUAUAACUGAGGCUGUAGGGCGUCUUGGAGCCGGUGAGUGUCUCCCUGAGGAGGUUCUUGUGUCGUGCGCGUGUUUAUGUAUUAUAGACCCGGCGUACAGUAAGGUGAUUGCAAUAUGCCUCCAUUAGAGAAGAAGCAGAAAAAGAAACGUUCUUCAUUCUUCGAAAAAAUGAAUCGCCUUCGGCAGGAAUACAUGAGGAAGGACUUCAUUCUUCGUCUCAUUGUUGAUCCUAAAUAUUUUUGGUUAUCAGCAGUUGUGUUUUUGUUGGCAGAGAUUGUUCUUAACAUGAUGAUUAUCCAGAAAGUUAAAUACACAGAAAUAGACUGGAUUGCAUAUAUGCAGGAGGUAGAGGGAGUGGUGAAUGGUACGUGGGACUACACUAAGCUACGUGGAGACACUGGACCUCUUGUUUACCCAGCUGGUUUUGUCUACUUGUUUACUGGACUGUAUCAUCUCACAAACAAGGGAACCAACAUUCGUCUGGCACAGUAUAUCUUUACUGUGUUUUAUAUCAUUACGUUGAUGCUAGUUUUCAGGAUCUUUCACAGAAGCAGAAAGCUGCCACCAUACAUGCUGGUUUUUGUGUGCUGCACCUCGUAUCGAGUCCACUCCAUCUUUGUGCUGCGCUUGUUUAACGACCCCGUGGCUAUAAUGUUGCUCUAUGGUGCCAUGAAUCUCUUUAUAGAUGGCUAUUGGACUCUGGGAAGCUUCAUUUACAGUUUGGCCGUAUCUAUCAAGAUGAACAUCUUACUAUUUGCUCCAGCUUUGCUGAUGGCUUACCUUCACUGUCUUGGCUUGAUGGGAACAAUCAAGCAGCUCUCUCUAUGUGCUGUAACUCAAGUAAGCUCUGAUGGAAAAUGUAAACUUUUGGUCGAACUUUGAGGUGGUACAAAAUUC